AUGAGCCACUGUGUUGCAGAGUGCACCAGACGGAUUGGAAGCCAGGCUAUCUCAGACUACCCCCUCCCACAAAUUCCUGCGACAUUAUGCAGUUCUGACAAAGAGAUUCUGGUGUGGCAAGUAGACUCAGUUAGACCAGACUCUGAAGGUAUAGUCCUCCAGGAAGGGGGUGCCGCCCGUGCAGCUGCUACCGCCACCAAUGCCGUGAACCAAGAGCAGCAGGGCUUCAAAAGAGACGCAGACGAGUACAAGCCGAUAGCCAAUAUCACCCGAAUCUUGCGGCGCGUCCUCCCCACCCAUGCCAAAAUCGCCGACGAUGCCAAGGAAGCUAUCCAGGAAUGCGUCUCCGAGUUCAUCAGCUUUAUCACCGCUGAGGCAAACCGGCGUUGCCGCCACGACUACAGGACAACAGUCAAACCGGAGGACGUGCUGGCAGCAAUGGCCUCUCUUGGUUUCGACGACUAUUUGGAGUCGCUCACAGUUUUCCUCAACAACCACCGCAUGCAGCAGGACCCCGAGCGUGGCUCUAGGGAUCAAUUAUCGCAGUUUGUUAGGCGAGACGGUGGCGUCGGAGUUGGCUUCCUUCACCAGCAACCGCAAGGUGCUCCCAACAAUGGGGUAUUACGUCCCCUUACCUCCACCUGUUGCUGCUACGGUGGAAAACGAGGAAUGGUGCUAUAA